AUGGUCCUCCCCCAGCUCCUCGUCGGCAAAGUAGCUGCCAUCACCGGCGGACUAACAGGAAUCGGACGGGCCAUCGCCCUCGAUUACCUCCGCCACGGCGCACAGGUAGCCGUGAACCACCUCGGCGUGGCGAACGAGGAGCCCCUCGUCGAGGCUCUCCGCAACGACGCCGCAGAGAUCGUGGGCCAGGACGAGCUGGCGAAGCGCCUGGUGACUGUUCCCGGAGACAUUUCACUGCCCGAGACAGGCUCGCAGUUUGUCUCGCGGACGGUGGAGGUUUUCGGCCGACUGGAUGUGUUUGUGAGCAAUGCGGGGGUGUGCAAAUUUGCUGAAUUUCUCGAACUUGAACCAUCUCUCCUCGGACAAACGGUGUCUAUCAAUCUCUCUGGAGCGUUUUACGCCACGCAAGCCGCCGCCCGCCAAAUGGCCCUGGCGCAGAGUCCCCCCGGCGGCUCGAUCAUCGGAAUCAGCUCCAUCUCCGCGCUGGUCGGCGGCGGGCAGCAGACACACUACACGCCCACCAAGGCCGGGGUGCUGAGUCUGAUGCAGUCCACCGCCGUCGCGUUGGGCAAGUACGGGAUCCGCUGCAACGCCUUGCUGCCGGGGACGAUCCGCACGCAACUCAACGACGAGGACAUGAGCAACGAUGAGAAGCGCCGCUACAUGGAGGGCCGGAUUCCGCUGGGGAGACUCGGUCAGCCGCGGGAUCUGGCUGGGCCGGCGGUGUUUCUUGCUUGCGAGGAGUUGAGUGGUUACGUGACUGGUGCACAGUUAUUGGUGGAUGGAGGGUUAUUUGUCAAUCUGCAGAUAUUGUACGCCGUCAUGGCAGUCUCUCCCCACACCAUCUUCUUCUCCUCCUCACUCAAACCACGUCUUUCCAACACCCCCUCGACUGUUCUCCUCCAGCGAGUCCAGGAGACUUCGUUCCCCCCUCCCCCGACAUUGCAGACCGGCCAGUCCGACCCAAACAUCACUCGCCGGGCGCCAAACGCGUCAAACACCACGUCCGUCCAGGGCUGCAGCCGGUCGACCAGCGCCGUGUAG